GAGAAUAAGGAGCAUGCAUCGAAUUAAGGGUUUGCUCAUCCAAACCAAACAUAGGCGUAAAUAAUAAACUUCCAUGGGAACCUUGCUGGGUCAUGUCGUCCCUGGCCUCGCCUUCACUAUGCUUGGCCUCUGGCACACGCUCAACACUACCAAAUCCUACAAUCUCAACGGCCCUUCCACCUUCUCCUCCACAACUUGGUUUCCUUCAUCCACUCUCAAACACUUAGAGCUCUACCUCCUCAUCUCCUUCGGCCUUCUCGCCGCCGUCCUCCAACUCCUUGACUAUCCCCGUUUUGCCUUCUCCUUCCAACCCAACAAUUUCGAGCAUGCCACCAUGUUCCUCCAUGUCAUAAUCUAUGCCUCUGUUGCCCUCGCUGCUGACUCAGCCUCGCCCUCCCACGCAGGGCUGGUGGGCGCGCUGGCCGCUUCUGUCUUCGGGCAAGAAUUCUUCUUGCUGCACUACCACUCAGCAGACCACACCGGGCUCGAGGGGCACUACCACUGGCUUCUCCAGCUCAUAGUCGCCGCAUCUGCACUUGCCACAGUGAUGACAACUGGAUUCCCCGGCAGCUUCGUGGCCACACUGGUGAGGUCGGUGUCGGUGCUGUUCCAAGGGGUGUGGUUCAUAGUCAUGGGGCUCGUGCUGUGGGUUCCAGCACUGGUGCCGAAGGGGUGCUAUGCCGUGUCUUCGCCGGAGCGUGGCCGUGGCGCUGUAGCCUGCCACACGGAGGAAGCAAGCAUGAGGGCGGUGACAUUGGCGAACAUGCAACAUAGUUGGACGCUGGCUGUGAUAUGUAUCUUUGUAGCCUAUCUGUGUCUGAGGCCGAUGCCGAGCGUGAAGUCGCCACAGAAGUACAGGAAGCUCGAGGAGCCACCAGUUGGCACUCUGGAGAUAAGCCAUGAAUACUCUGUUUCAGAACAACUCAAACAGGUCCCUGGAGCCUUUUAAGACAUGGAUGUCCUAAGUAAACCGAUCGAUGCUUUGCAAUUCUAUGUAUACCUCGUAGAAGACUUAGUGGCACUACUACUUUUGUUCUACUAUGAGAAUCUUGUCCCAAUAAAUAUUAGCUAAUUGCCAUUAA